CAGGUUGGCAGCCGCUACAGGCUGGUCAAGGUGCUGGGGUAUGGCAGCUACAGCGCGGUGUGCCUGGCCGUCGACGAGGCCACAGGGGAGAAGGUGGCCCUCAAGCGCGUGGCAGACGUGCUUCAGUCGCCCGAGCACACCAAGCGCGUGCUGCGCGAGAUUUGCAUCCUGCGCCGCCUGCGUCACCCCAACCUGAUCGGCAUCCGCGACGCGUUUGUGCGCCCCUCGGCCACCGGUCACGUAGAUGUGUACAUCGCCAUGGAGCUGGCAGACGGCGGCGACCUGUUCCACCUGCGCGGCCAGAUGUCCAGCGAGGAGGUGCGAUCGCUGAUGUGGCAGCUCAUCGUCACCAUCAAGUACCUACACUCUAUCCACGUCUGGCACCGAGACAUGAAGUCCCAGAACGUGUUUCUGGUGUGGGAGGGCGGGGAGCGCGUGAUCAAGGUGGGCCGCGGCAGCAAGGCCGGGUUUAAGGCGCCGCUGACGCGCGUCGUCGCCACCCCCUGCUACCGCGCUCCCGAGGUGGUCAUGUCCCGUGGCGGCUACACCGCCUCCAUCGACAUGUGGAGCCUGGGCUGCAUCUUCGGAGAGCUGCUGCAGCGCAUCGCGCACCCUCCUGGGAUCGCCUGCUGGCCCGCCACCCCCCUGCAGGCGCUGUUUGCCGUGAUCGGCACGCCAUGCUGGGCCGACGUGGCGGCGGUGCAGGAGCCGAGCUGGCGCCGCUACCUGCACCACCUGCCCGGCCGCGCGCCCACGCUAUACCGCAGGUUUGCGGCGGCGGGCGAAGCGGCUGUGGACCUGCUGUCCCGCCUGCUGGCCUUCGACCCCACCCGGCGCUGCAGCCCCGACGAGGCGCUUGCGCACGAGUACUUUGCU